AUGAUAUCGAUGUUCGGAGAAAUAAUUAAGUAUAAACGCACCGGAGAGCGUUCAUCUGCUGACAAAAUCGACGACGCCGACGCUUUACGGAUAGCAUGUGCCUGUUGUUGAAGGCGUUCUUCAAACGGUGUUCUUGGCGGAUCGAAGCUGAUCGGCUUUGCAAUUUGGAUCCGUGCAUCUCGCAAAAAUCCUUGUGGUGUCGAAUUGAAGUUGUUGUACGAAGUUAUGGUAUCAAGCAUAACGGUCGGAGUAUUUGGUUCAACACUGCCUACACUGCUUACACGGGAUGUACUACGCGAAGGCGCAGUGAUCACUGGCACACCGUAUGGGCUGCGUUCGAAAACUCGGACUGCACAAGCAGGAAUCAAUUCACUGGUGACAGAAUUCGCUGGCGAAUCGCAUCGCGGUUCACCUCUUUCAGCAAUGGGCUCCUUCAAGAGCUGCUCUAGCCGUCCACGCUUCCUCCUCACGUAUUCUUCUAGCAACGAUUUGUCAGGAAGGAUCAGGUGACCCGAAGCGUUGUACUCUUCCUCUCGACUAGGCCUCCUGAAGGCGUGUGCUGGUUCUGAAUUCCUCAUAUCAUCCAGGACUUCAGCUGCUCUUGAAGUAGAUGUGGACAUCGGCGAAGCUUCUACGGCUCUACGAACUGCUUGGAGAUAGGCGAGCUCGCUUUCCACGCUUGUACUUCUCCUCGGCGUAGCUUCGGUUUCGACAGGAGGAGGAGGCAAUGCCUUCUUAAGACGUUUGAUACUCAGUCGUACUCGACUGACAUUCACAUCAAGCAUUGGAACGUCGACAGUGACCUGAGCUCCAAAUUGAGCAGCUCUCCUGUUGAAUUCCUUAAUGCAAGUAGCAUGCUUGAUAGAAGUUGCUUUACAUGAGAGUUUCACCGACGCUGAUGACUUCUUCUUUUGUACGAUUGUCUUCUGCCCGUCGAGCUGUAGGGGCUUCUUGACUAACGAGUAACUGACAGACUUCGUUACCAAAGGCUUUUUCUCUCGAAUCUUCUGAGGAUGUUUAUACACCACGAAUACUGGCUGCACCAGGAUUACAGUUACUUCCCCUUUGCAUGCAGCAGUUUUUGAACGUAGAACGGCUGAUAUCUGAAUUUUUUCCUCCUUAGGUACUGCCGGUUUCGCUGACACUUUCAUUCCAUUGAGCUCGACAUCUUUCUUUGGUUCCGGAACAGCUGGCUUUUGUUCAACCUUCUCCUUCGACGGCUCCACAACUGCAGCCUUCGCUUGUCCAGCCUUCUCUUUCGACGGCUCCACAACCGCAGCCUUCGCUUGUUCAACCUUCUCCUUCGACGGCUCCACAACUGCAGGCUUCGCUUGUUCAACCUUCUCCUUUGACGGCUCCACAACUGCAGCCUUCGCCACUUUCCUCUGAGGUGGCGGAGUUUUCUUUUCAAUCUUCACCACUGGCGCCUCGAACUUCUUAACCGGCUUCUUUUCUUCCUCAACCACGACCUUCUCCUCAACUUUUUCGUCCUUUGUUAUUCCAGAGAACAAUUUCUUGAGCAUCGAUGGGCCAAUCUUCUUCUUCGGUCUCUUUUCGCCUGCGAUUUGGCUAUUUACCUUAACCUCCUUCUUCUGAUCCUCGGUGACCGGCACCGUGACUACGGGCUUCUCUGGUUCUGGCUUCUUUACAACUGUCGUCUUUGGCAUCUUUAUGCGUUUGAUGGCAAAUUCACGUGGUCGAACCUUCCACACGUAGAGAAUCGUUUCUUGUUCGGGUUCCCUGGAACGUCUUCACCUCACUCGUGGCAUAUUUCCAUCCCCCAAUCCCCCCAAAGGCUCUCACCUGACAAGGCGUUUGUUCUUACUGAUGAAUUCGUCAGCACCUUCCACUUUCCACAAGCCAGGCACCGGGGCCACUCGCUUCACUUUGAGCUUGUUCGGCUUGAAGUGGACGACAGCGCUAUAUUGAGAUUCAUCGUCGAUGAUACUCGACGCAUCAGUUCCCGACUCGCAGAACUCAGUAAAAUCGUCUAAACUGCCGCUAUCGUUAGACUUCGGUGGUGGUGGUGGUGGUGGUGUCGCAACGACGGGCGCUUGGGUGUUCUUCACAGGUGGAUCCGCCAUACUAUUGGCCCUACUGCCUUUCAGUGUCGUAUCGCUUUUCGUUGCCGUACUCAAGUCCUCAGACGUGGACACGUUACCUGGAACCUGCACACAGCUAGAUGGUGUAGUAAUAGCGUUGAGCCCAUGGAUUCUUGGAGGAGACAAGCUCUUCCUGACGUUCCGUGACUGAUCACUGAUAGCCCCUGGCGGUGGUGGUGAAGGGCUACAUGCGAUACCUCCUGGUGGAGCCGACAGACUUGCCGUAACACGACCUUGUGGAACCGAGAGUCUUUCCAAAACGGUAACUGAUGGUACUGAUUGUUCUGCCACCGUUGGGGUUGGCGACAUUGGUGGACUCAUAAGAACCGGGACCACUAUCAUUGGAGUGGCAAAAGCGGGGCCCCUCGGCUGUUUGGGGCCAGCUGAUACCGGCAGGUCGACGGAUGGGGCAGGCGGUCGCGGCCUGAAAAAAUCAAGUGCUGGUAUUGAGCGAUCUUUUUUUUACUGA